CUUAACCCCCAUAGGGGCCCUAGGACCCCUGAGGGUCUAGUGCUUCCCCUUAAAUAACGUAAUUCGCCUCGUAAUGACCACUGGUGCGACGUUGCCAGUUUUACCCACUAUCUAUCCAUCCAUCUAUCCGCCAUCUGACCGCCUCUGUCUAUCGACCUAUCCACGUCUAUCUAUUCUAUAUUAAAAACUAAAUUUCAAAAUUUGAUUUAGAAAAAAGUAAUGGUUAUUUUUAGAAAUAAAGAGUAUUGAAGCUUGUGAUGUGGCAACAGUGUAGAUGUUCACUUGUUGCCUGUCAAUUCUGUCAAAUAUGCCAAGGAGCUCUUGAUCCCAGGAGCUGGAGCUAUCCUCUGAGACGACCAUGAGUGUUUAGCACUCCCAGCACCCGCGUUUAACAGGGGUAACGCUGGAAGGACCAGCGGGACUUACGGUGCAGCAGUUGCUGGAUGCGCCGGAGUUGAUCCAGGGUGGCACAGCCGCCGCCACCUGUGACACAGCCACUGCUGCCGCCACCAUCGCAAAUGCUACAUUAAGAGAGGAAGUGUCUCUGGAGGGCGUGGUGGACGAGGACGAGGACGACGAGGACGUCUUCCAGUGUGGACGAUGCAAGAAACAGUUUUCAUCCCUGGAACACUUUGUGACGCACAAACGUAACCAUUGUUCAGGUAAGAUGGGAGGCCUACACGGAGGCCUACAGGUGCUGCAGGCUGUGGGGGGAGGGCAGCCUGUGCCAGCGGCUGACAAGGGCAGCUACCAGGGUGAAAGGGCAUCCCUAGCCAGUCAGAUUCAUGUUCAGGUCCAGCCACAACAAGCACAGGUAUCUGAUACAGUGUACAGCAGUGGUAACAGCAGUGGUGGCAGCAGUGGUAAUAGUGGUGGUAGUAGUGGUAGUCUACCAUCCCCUACCACCAUCAACCAGCACAUAAUAGUCAGCGAGGCCGAACUACUCCCAUUUACUAUCGAAACUACCCAGGUACUGCCACUACCAGGAGGACUACAAACUACCAACUUCCUGCCAGUGUCCAGUAGUAACGAUGCACUGUCCUGCGCUGUCUCACCGCUGCUAACUACCAACACUACCAUCACUGCUACUCUGGAUGUUGGUACUAGCUUGUCACCACAGCCAUUGACGACAAUGGUUGGGGAGGUGGACACCAUGGAUGGCAGCGAUGGUGGAGGCGGCGGUGGCGGAGGCGGAGUGCCAUGCCAGGUAGAGUUGGUGGAGAAGGAUGAAGAUGUGGCUUGUUACAACCAUGAGUUCUUUCAUGCCAGCAUGGCCAAGACUACAAGCAGUAAGGAUGGUGUCAAGUUGAAGGCUAAGCACAAGUGUCCAUUCUGUGGGAAGGAGUUCAGCAAGAACUUCGACCUGCAGCAGCACAUCCGUUCUCACACUGGAGAGAAGCCCUUCCAGUGUAUAGUGUGUGGCAGAGCUUUCACACAGAAGAGUAACGUCAAAAAACACAUGACAACGCACCGUGUCUGGCCCUCUGGCUCCCUCACUGAUACCUUACCCAGGGACCCUAUCAAGAAGUUUAUCAUCUCCUCCAGUCAUAUUGAUAUCGUGCCCCAGAUAGAACUCUUGGAAGAAGGAGUUCUCAAGGAAGAGGUUCUAGUGGACAACUCUUAUGUGUGUCAGUUCUGUGGACUCUCACUUGAGAGUUAUGUUGUACUCAGGACUCAUAUGAAGCUCCACGCCAAUCAGAAGGUGUACAAAUGCAUCCAGAAGAAGUGUGAGGUGGUAUUUGAGGAGCUGGACAACUUUCUGGAACACAUUCGUUCACACGACCGCGAUGAACUACAAUACCGCUGCCACACUUGUUCCAAGUUGUUCACCUCCCUGAACACUCUGGGAUACCACCAGUAUGAACACUCCGUCUACCCCAAGCCCAAGAAGACCCUGGGUCCCAGUUACUUCCGUUGUACCAAGUGCAUGAACAAAUACGCCAGUGCCGAGGCCUUGGAACACCACCUUCGUACAUCCUCCCAUCACUAUCCAUGCAAGCAGUGUGGAAAAGUGUUCACAUCUGAACGAUUGCUGCGACGGCACCUCCACAUCCAUGGAACAGUUAAUUUGUUCACAUGUGCUCAAUGUUCCAAAAAGUUCAAGUCAGAGUACUCGCUCAAGUUGCACCAGUUGAUCCACACUGGUGAAAAGCCGUUCGAGUGUCACCUGUGCAAGACCUCCUUCAACCGCAGAGACAAACUCAAGCGUCACAUGUUGAUCCACGAGGCUAAAAAGUUCAAAUGUCCCUUCAGAACUACUGUAGGAUGUACCAGGGAGUUCAGCAGACCAGAUAAGCUGCGACUACACAUGAUGACCCAUGCUGGAGGACGAGGUCAUCGCGGUCGAGGACGAGGACGUGGAGGAAGAGGAGGUAGAGGAGGAGGAGGCCAAGGUGGAGGUCAAGAGGUCAAGGCUGAGGUCAUUCCAUCAGAGGCGCCAGAAGAGGAAUGUUCCAUGUGUCGUUUGUCAAUUUCUGCUGGAGACGAGGAUCAUGUCUGCGUGGUAGAGGAACUGGUGGAUGGAGUGGGAGCAGAUGGGGCAGCGGAUCCACCACGGAAGAUCCGCCCUGUCCGCCAGGCGGUGAUCCGCCGAGCCAGGGACCAGGCCAGCAGCCGACGGGGCGGGCGGAAGCGGAGGGGUGGACACCAGGCAUCCCGCCGGAACCGCCAAGCAGACGGGGCAUCCCUGGCAGAUGCCACAGAGGUGCCAGCCACCCUGACGGAUGACAUCCAUCCAGCGGAAGACAUCCUGAGCGUGCCAGACAUCGAGGGGAUAGCAGAAGUUGAUGGUGACACCCAGAACGUGGAGAUCAUCUAUAUUCCAUUCUCCCUUCCACUGACUAGGCCCAUCCGGGCUGUUCAGGCCGAGCUGCUGCGGGCGAUCGGAAGCGGUCGGGCAGCAGACAGCAACCAGACCAUCACCCUGGAUGGAACGGCACCAUCCAUCCUGGUUGGCGGCAGCGGAAUGGUCCCUCUGGUCAACCAGGUUGAUCCGCUGGAAGCCACAGCCACCACGAUUUUAAACUACCAAGCGGAAGUUGUUUCGUCGGCCGGAAGUGGCGAUUCCAGGCUGAUGGGUGGGCAGGUGGGCACCCACCUGGCCCAUGCGACCCACUUGGACCAGCCCCGCAUCCCCCUGGUCAACCAGGUCGAUCCGCUAGAAGCAACAGCAGCAACUGCAAUUUUAAACUACCAAACGGAAGGUGUUCCGGCAGCCGGAAGUGGCGAUUCGAGGUUGGUGGGCGGCCAGGUGGGUGCCCACCUAGCCCACCUGGACAUCCUGCCAGACCAAACGUGAUACAAAUGUCAUUAGUCAAUUCUUUCCACUGGAGAUUUUUAUACUAGUUGAUGUAAAUUUAAGUUCAAACUUUGCAAUAAACAAACGUCCCACCUCA